UUUAAUAUGUCCAUGUCUAACACUGCAUCAAAAAGCAUAGUCCAACCACCUACGCCGCUUUUACGUCGCUGUCUCCUACUGUUACUAGAAAUCAGCUUUCGCACACACCUGCUUAUUUCCAUUGCACUGCGCUUGCUGCUUAUCGCCUACGGCCACUGGCACGAUGCGCACUCCGAGGUGCCUUAUACCGACGUAGAUUAUAAAGUGGUCACAGAUGCUGCGCGGCACGUGCUCCACGGUGGCACACCUUUUAAUCGGCACACUUACCGCUACAGUCCCGUUUUGGCGUACAUGCAAAUACCAAAUGUACUACUGCACCCAGCCAUUGGUAAAGUCAUCUAUGCAGUAUUCGAUAUAUUUGUGGCUAUACUCAUUUAUCUGCUCGUGCGCCUGCAGCUCCAGGUGCAAUGCCGCAAAGCCGUGCAUGCAUUGCUGAGUAAAUUUGGGAAAAUAAGAUCUGCACAGCACUACAGUGAAACCGAUGCACGCAAUCGACCAGAGAAUAUCGCACGCGCAUCCGCUUGCUUUUGGCUUUACAAUCCACUAACAGCAAUCAUAUCGACACGGGGUAACGGCGACAGCUUCUCAAGCUUCUUUGUCAUACUCGCUGUGUAUUUAUUAGUUAAAUCCGAGGAUACGGAACGUGGUGCCAAUUGGCUAAUCUUCGCGGCGGGCUUAGCGCACGGCUUUGCCAUACAUCUGCGCCUCUAUCCGCUACUCUUCAGUCUCGCCUACUAUCUCUGCUUGUCAACGAGUCUCACCCGCUGUGCACGCGAUCUACUACGUCAACUUUUGUUUCCCUCAUACAGACAGAUAUUGCUAGUGGUGGGCACGUGUGUUGCACUCUUUGCAGUUACCGGUUUCUUCUACUUCCUCUACGGUUGGCAGUACAUAUACGAAGCGUAUUUGUAUCAUUUUGUGCGGCGCGAUAUGCGACAUAAUUUUUCGCUAUACUUUCUGGUGCAAUAUCUAAGCGGUAAUACGACAGACACAUCACUUGGUGAGAAGUUGCUCAUCUUGGCGCCACAACUCUUCUUACUGCUCUAUUUGAGCUUCAGCUUUGGCCAAUUUCGACAGACUUUGACCUUCUGUGUGUUUGCGUUGGCGUUUGUGAUCGUCACGUUCAAUUCGGUGGUGACAUCGCAAUAUUUUGUCUGGUAUCUGGCGCUGCUACCGCUUUGCCUCAAUAAUCUACAAUCGAUUUCUGUGACUCGUGCGGUUAUUUACUUCGGUGUCUGGUUGUUGGCACAAGGCCUAUGGCUCUUGCCAGCGUAUCUGUUGGAAUUUAAAACGUGGAACACAUUUUAUUGGAUCGGCGCGCAAGGUGUUUUAUUCUUCUUACUCAACAAUUAUCUGUUAAUGCGUCUGAUUGAACACUACAGCUUUACAUCUUUUAAGGUGAAUUUCAAAAAGCUUUUUUAAUCAUUUUUCCAGCAAGUGGAUACAACAGUAAUGAGUGUAGAAAAUAUUGGAAGCAUUAAAGAAGAAAAUAUGCCAAUACUUGCGUAUAUGCAUACAAUAGUAUUUUUGUAAUAAAUCAAAUUUCAAGUCUCUUGUAAUAUUCGUUAAUAUAAAUAAAAAUAUUUAUAAAAUACAAUACCUACAGUAAAAUAAAAGCUUUAA